CAUUUCCCAUGAUGCAUUGCCGCGUCAAGUUGCGCAUGCGCGCUUUUGACGACUAACCCACUAGCUGUUUAUUUACAGCGGACACAAAAUGAAUGAAAUAUAUAUUUAAAAAUAAUAAUGUGAUUUAUCCAUUUGAUUAAACUAAACAUUUUAUGUUAUGGUCAACAGCGAAGAGACGGAGGAAGAGGAAGGAAAAUUGCGUGUUUUUUUUGGGCGGACCGACAAGCUAACUAACAGGCUAGUAAGCUAACAGGCUAGCAUCUUGACAAAAUGUAUGUUUUAUACACAAUCAUUGCGUCGUUGGUCGCCUUUUUUGUUUUGAAGUGGAUGAAAAAGAGGAGGUACUGCACCGACCUGAAGCGACUGGAUGGCAAGACGGUUCUUAUCACUGGAGGAUGUUCUGGGGUGGGCAAGGAGACGGCCGUGGCUUUAGCCAUGAGGGGCGCCCGCGUGGUCAUCGCCUGCCGAGACCCCCACAAGGCGGAGAAGGCGGUGCGGGAGAUCAAGUUCCGGAGCCGCAGUCUGCUGGUGGUCCACAUGGAGCUGGACCUGGCCAACCUGCGCUCGGUGCGGGACUUCUGCGAGACCUUCCUCCGGCAGGAGAUGAGGCUGGACGUCCUGGUCAACAACGCCGCCAUGCCCGGCGUCCUCGACUGGACGGAGGACGGCUUCAGCAUGUGCUUCGGCGUCAACCACCUGGGCCACUUCCUGCUCACCGACCUGCUGCUGGGCCGCCUGAAGGAGUGCGCCCCCAGCCGCGUGGUGACGCUCACCUGCUCCAGCUACAAGUACCAGAAGCUGGACUUCCAGGACCUCAACUAUAACCUGCUGCCCUUCUUCACCUACUGCCGCAGCAAGCUGGCCAACGUCUACUUCAGCCACCAGCUGGGACGCCUCACGCAGGGGAAGGGCGUCACGUCCUACGCCGUGCACCCGGGCUUCGUCCAGAGCGGAUGGACGUGUCACUACUCCAUCCUCUUCCGCGUGCUGAUGCGCGUCGUCAUGUGGAUGUUCUUCGUGCCCUGCGAGGCGGGAGCGCAGACCGUGGUCCACUGCGCCGUGUCGGACCACGCCGCCAAGAUGGGCGGCGGCUACUUUGUGGACUGCAGAGCCGCCGCCUUGCGUCCUUUCGCCAGGGACGCCGGCGUGGCCAAAAAGCUGUGGGAGGCCAGCGAGAGACUGGUCAAACUGUCCUGACGCCACUUCCUGUUUACAUUUCAAAGUUAUUCUACAUUAUUGAAUUCAUAAUGACUUUAUUAGAGGAAAUGAUGCUCCAUUAAACACUUCCUGUUUACA